CACAAACACCGUCUUCAAUUCAAGGAUUGCGUAGUCGAAACGCAGCGUUUCAUCUUUCCCAAUUACACAGAGAGAGCGAAAGAGAGAGAGGGGCUUGAGGUUGAGCUCUGAUGGCGGGAAAACCCCAACCGGUUCGCGUACUGUAUUGUGCGGUGUGCAGUUUGCCUGCAGAGUACUGUGAAUUCGGGCCCGAUUUCGAGAAAUGCAAGCCCUGGUUGAUCCAAAACGCCCCAGACCUUUACCCGGAUCUCGUUAAAGAGGCUAAUGCGAAGGAAGCUGAUAAAGUAGCCAACCAGUUGCAGUCUACUGGUAUAUCUUCUGGUGGAGAUGGAGCUGCUUCUUCAGCACCUAAGCAAGAAGAAGUCAAGCGUCUUCCAGGCGGGAAGAUUAAGAAAAAGGAGAGGCAAGAAGUUACUAUUGAAAAGAUGACGCGUAAUAAGCGAAAAUGUAUCACCACUGUGAAAGGGCUGGAACUUUUUGGUGUCAAACUUAGUGAUGCUUCAAAGAAAUUGGGGAAAAAGUUUGCCACAGGAGCCUCUGUUGUUAAGGGGCCAACUGAGAAGGACCAAAUUGAUGUUCAAGGGGAUAUAGCCUAUGACAUUGUGGAGUUUAUUACAGAUACCUGGCCUGAUGUCCCAGAAGCUGCAAUUUUCUUUAUAGAAGAUGGCAGAAAGGUCCCAGCUGCUUGAAUGGUAUUCGUGGCACACAAAUAAAAUGGAGCAUGUUAUCUUCAAAGUAAAAGGCCGCUGGACAUACUCUCUAAAGUUCCAAGAGUCGAACAGCCAGUGAGACUUUUGCCCCGCUAUAGAAUCUCUUGUUAUCUGGGUUGCAAGAAUAGUGUAUUUUUUUGAGUUAAAACUGUGUUUCAAGAUCAAUGAUUUGCUUUGUAUAGGGGCAAAAUUCUAUGUGCCACCUUGCUCUGUUUUUGUGUGUCACAUAUUACCUAUAGGUAAUUUUAAAGAAACAUGUUUUCUCCAGUAUAUCGCAUACAUAGUUUAUCAUCGUGAUGCAAUACUCGGCUGCUGCGUCCUGUAAACUUGUUGCUUCUGUGAGUUAGCAAAAUGAGAAUCAGAAUAAUAUCCAAAAUUUUGAGCUACCAAA